UCAACCCCCACAUGCAGAUAGAAAGAUCGAUAGAAAUGGAUGAACGAACCGAGCUUUUGUUUUUAGAAAGAGAAGCUCUGACCUCUCUCUAGAAAAACAGAUCUUUCCGUCUAUUCUUGCCGGAAAGGAAGGUGUGAGUUUCGGCUCCACCUUCCUCUCCAUCUCGUUUUCGUUUUCUUUUUCCGUUUAUUUUCUACUACCUAUAUGUGAAUAUGCUUAUAUGGUAGUGUUUUUCUACCGGUUCGGAUUUUCUCAGAUCUGUAGCUUUCUAGCCAUGAACAGUCGACACGCGCCCCACCAUCACGUUCGCCAUCUGCCGAUCUUCUGGAACGACGCGGAACCGCGCCAAUAUUGUCUACACGUGGCCCUCACGCGAGGCUCGUUUCCGCCCGCCGCUCUCCGACAGCUCCACCAGCUACACACGCCGUACCAGUAGAUUUCCCGCCCUCUGAUCCUUCAGAUCGGCUUGUCCUCUCAUCUUUUCAACCGGCGCGUGGCCUUCACGCGCCACUCCAGAGGCGCUGCUUGAUUUUUCGGCGAUUGCUUUUCUACCCUUCCGAUACCAGUCUAUCCGGAGUUUAUCUUUCCCUAACCGGUGAUCUUAUGAAAGAGACUAAGGACCUCACCAACAAAUACUUCAAGGCUUUCAACCAACAAUUUGAGAGAGCGAGCGCAGGGAGACGAAGACUCGAAGAGAGCGCAAAACGGACACAACCUGACAAUCCUUUACCCGGCCUUCUGUUUUCUGUUCCAUGUCCAUUCGCCAUUUUCAACCCACCCGCCAUACAUAAUUCAAUACAAUCUUCUCUCUGGCGGGGUGGCUUUUCUCGCUCGCUCUAUUGGUUAUGGGUUUUGAAAGGUGAUGAUGUAAAUCCGAUUCGACUGCCACAGAAAGAUUUUGGCUCUUUUGACAUCCUGAGAUCCGUAAGCCUUCUGGUUCUUCAAUUUGGAUCUAUAUUUGUGGAAAUCAAUCAUUGUUUUCAUGUUUAUGAUCUCAAGGCUGCAGCCUGCAACCCGGGGUGCAUCAUGGCAACAAAGGGGAACUCGGGAGACAAUAGAAGUAGGAGUUCAAUGUCAAUUUUCAUUGUUGUUGGUCUGUGCGGUUUCUUCUAUAUACUGGGUGCAUGGCAGCGAAGUGGUUUUGGCAAGGGAGACAGUAUAGCUGUGGAGAUUACCAAACAGACAGAUUGCAGUAUCCUCUCGAACCUAAAUUAUGAGACCCAUCAUGGUGGAGAUGCAGGGACAAUUGAUGAAUCUGAAGCAGAAGUUAAUGAGUUCAAGCCAUGUGAUGAUCGCUACAUUGAUUACACACCCUGUCAAGAUCAAAUGCGGGCUAUGACAUUUCCACGAGAAAACAUGAUCUAUAGGGAACGGCAUUGCCCUUCUGAGAAUGAGAAACUGCACUGCCUUAUUCCUGCACGGAAAGGAUAUGUGACCCCAUUUCCAUGGCCCCAGAGUCGCGACUAUGUGCCUUAUGCAAAUGCACCUUAUAAGAGCUUGACAGUUGAGAAGGCUAUUCAGAACUGGAUUCAAUAUGAGGGCAAUGUUUUUAGAUUCCCUGGUGGAGGCACACAGUUUCCUCAUGGAGCGGAUGCAUAUAUUAACGAACUCGCAUCUGUGAUUCCACUAGACAACGGGGUCGUUAGAACUGCUUUGGAUACAGGCUGUGGGGUUGCAAGUUGGGGUGCGUACCUGUUCAAGAAAAAUGUUAUUGCCAUGUCAUUUGCACCAAGGGACUCUCAUGAAGCACAAGUUCAAUUUGCUUUGGAAAGAGGUGUUCCAGCUGUUAUUGGUGUUCUUGGAACCAUAAAGCUGCCAUACCCAUCCAGAGCCUUUGACAUGGCACACUGUUCCCGUUGCUUGAUUCGAUGGGGUGAAAAUGAUGGAAUGUACAUGAUGGAAGUUGACCGAGUUCUUAGACCCGGUGGUUACUGGGUGCUUUCUGGUCCACCCAUCAACUGGAAGAAUAAUUACCAAGCAUGGCAACGUCCCAAAGAAGAACUUCAGGAGGAACAAAGAAACAUUGAAGAGAUUGCCAAACGUCUUUGUUGGGAAAAGAAGCACGAGAAGGGUGAUAUUGCUGUUUGGAGGAAAAGAAUAAGUUAUGACCAUUGCCGUGAUCAAGAUUCUCAACCUGCAAUGUGUGAAUCUGGAAAUGCUGAUGGUGUUUGGUACAAAAAGAUGGAAGCAUGUGUAACUCCGUAUCCUGAGACUACUAAUCCUGAUGAAGUUGCUGACGGAGCAUGGAAGCCAUUUCCAGAGAGACUCAAUGCUGUUCCUUUCAGAAUAUCUAGUGGAUCCAUUCCUGAAAUAUCUGUUGAGGCAUACCAGGAGGACAACCGCUCAUGGAAGAAGCAUGUGAAUGCUUAUAAGAGGAUCAACAAGAUAAUUGAUUCUGGCAGAUAUCGCAAUAUUAUGGAUAUGAAUGCUGGACUAGGAAGUUUUGCUGCUGCUCUUGAAUCUCCAAAGUUGUGGGUUAUGAAUGUUAUGCCAACAAUAGCUGAGAAGGACACACUGGGUGUCAUAUUUGAGCGUGGAUUGAUCGGCAUAUAUCAUGAUUGGUAUCCAAUUAACUCAAUGAAGCCCCUUUUGCCUAACAUUUUAGGCAGGUGUGAAGCCUUCUCCACGUAUCCUAGGACGUACGACCUUAUUCAUGCAAAUGGUAUUUUCAGCUUAUACAAGGAUAAGUGCAAUGCGGAAGACAUUCUUCUGGAGAUGGAUCGUAUCCUACGGCCUGAAGGAGCUGUUAUAUUCCGUGACCAAAUGGAUGUGCUAAUCAAGGUUAAAAGAAUUGUGAAAGGAAUGAGGUGGAAUACAAAAAUGGUAGAUCAUGAGGAUGGCCCUCUUGUCCAAGAAAAGAUAUUGUUUGCUGUCAAACAGUAUUGGGUUGCAGGUGAAAACAACACCGCAUCUUCAAGGUGAAGGGAAAGGAGAAAUUUUCAGCGCAACUAUAGCCAGAAACUGUCGUCGAGUCAAGUUCGAAGAAUCACUUUAUACCAACUCAUGGGUGUCCAGGCAAGUAGCAAGUCGAGGGACAUGACUAUCGUGGUAAUUGUCGUUGAUUCUCCAGCUUCCUAUGGUAGGUAUAGCAGACUGAUAGGUGUUGACAAUUUUUGAAGCUCCAUGUCAAUUUUACAGAUAAAAAAAAAGGCUCCAUGCGUCAAUUUUAGCCUUUACACUUCAGUUUUUUUUUUUUUUUUAGUUCUUGUAGUUUCUGUUUGAAGAUCUUACAGCUGAUGUUGAUACUCAAGCUUCGUGUUAGAAUGAAGCCUGAUUUUGGCUGAA